GGUGAAGUAUGAGAAGUUUAUUAGAUCUUCUCCUAGUAAACACGUUUCCUAACCUCCAAAAGUGUGUACCAAAUCUACGAAAUGAGGGUGUUAGAACUUUACAGUGGUAUUGGGGGGAUGCAUUAUGCUUGUAAAGAAAGCGGCAUUCCUCACGAGGUGGUAGCUGCAGUUGAUAUCAAUACAGUUGCCAAUGAGGUUUACCGGCACAACUUUCCAUCGUCACCGUUGAUUUGUCGAAAUAUUCAAUCAUUUACUGCAUCUGAAAUCAAUAAAAUGGCGCCAGACAUGAUUUUAAUGAGCCCUCCAUGUCAACCAUUUACAAGAGUUGGCCUUCAGAAGGAUUUAUCUGAUCAACGAACAUGUUCUCUCCUUCAUUUUAUUUCCACACUCCCAGAUCUAAACUCAUCUCUUCGAUACAUCCUAGUUGAAAAUGUGAAAGGAUUUGAGUUGUCAGAAUCAAGAAACCAAUUGGUUGAAGCUCUUUGUAAAGAGAACUUUGUCGUCCAGGAGGUCCUAUUAAGUCCCACACAAUUUGGCAUUCCUAAUUCUAGACUUCGAUAUUACUUAUUGGCUAAGCGACUUCCAUUGAAGUUUUGUUUUAAAACAGAAGAUACUGUGAUGACAGAGUUUCCUGUUUCCAUUGAUAAUGGGAAAACAAGUGCAAAUAUAUUGACAAGAUUGAAUAAAAGAUACAGAGAUAUGGCUGAUGCAGACAAAGUUGUAGAAGAUGAAGACCGAGUUCCAUCUGACGGGGGUAUAAUACAUCCACCAAGCCACACUUUAAAAAGAAUAUUGGAAGAUGAAGAUCCGGAUAGUCCAACCGUUUCUUCAUUUCUUCUCCCUGAUAAAGUUUUAGGAAAGCGAUCUGUUGUACUUGACAUUGUGACUCCGCAAUCUAAGAGAUCUUGCUGCUUCACUAAAGCGUAUGGUCACUAUUCAGAUGGCACAGGCUCUGUUCUCACAACUUGGAAUAUGAGUGAUAUUCACAACAUCAGGGCCAAAAAUAGGGAGCUUGUUAUUGAAAGUGAUGAGCAAAUCCAAGAAAUGAAACAAUUAAAAUUACGUUAUUUCACUCCUAGAGAAGUUGCAAGAUUGAUGUGUUUCCCAGAGGAGCCUAUGUUUUCCUUCCCAGAUAAAAUUACAACAAAACAAAAGUAUAGAUUACUAGGAAAUAGUGUAAAUGUUCAUGUAAUAUCAUUAUUAAUUUCUAUCCUGACUGAGGGAGGAACAUGAUGUUUAAAGAUUAAAAGUAUUUUUAAAUUAAAAUUUAAUCUAAUAAAAUGAAGAAAGAAAAAAAAAAAAACAAGCUUAAAAUAAGGAAAGCAGUGAGU